UCAAGCAUCAGAGCGCGCUUGAGAGGCGGGGCUGUCCGUGACCUGGUUAGACGUAAAACAGUCGAGGCUCCUGUCAUCAUUUCAGAUUGGGGGGAGUCUACGUCUGUCGUGGAAGCCACAAUGUCUGACUGCAGAAGAGAGUGGAACCGGGAGGAUGAGCUGCCGGUCUACUUGGCGGGGCCGAUCAACACCGGGCCGAAGCAGAAGAAAACCUACGGGAUGUUCAGCUCCGUGGAGGGGGCGUUCGAAAGCAAGACCAUAGACUUCGAUAACUACGCGGUGGGGAGGAAAGGGAGCCGCACCCCGAGAAGCGGGAGCCGGGAGAGGGUCUUGGACGCUGGUGACCCCAUGGGCAAGACGUCCAGCGAGGCCCGGGAGGGGUCACUGACCAACUCAACCGGAGAGACUGACAAUGCACAUCCCGGUGUUGAGGUCAGAUAUUCAUCCGGUAAAGAAAGCCCAAAUGGGGAGAGUGGAAGACUGUUGAUCAAAGGAGGCCGGGUGGUCAAUGAUGACCAGUCUCUCUAUGCAGAUGUGUACAUUGAGGAUGGGCUUAUCAAGCAGGUGGGGGAGAAUCUAGUUGUACCGGGUGGUAUCAAGGUGAUCGAGGCCAAUGGUCGCAUGGUGAUACCAGGGGGGAUAGAUGUCAACACCUGCUUGAUGAAGCAUUACCUGGGCACACAACCUGCUGAUGAUUUCCUCCAGGGGACCAAGGCUGCACUCGCUGGGGGCACCACCAUGAUCAUCGACCAUGUGACCCCUGCGCCAGGGGAGAGUCUUCUCAAGGCGUUUGAGUGCUGGCAGGAGGCUGCAGAUAAGAAGGCAUGUUGCGAUUACUCCCUGCAUGUAGACAUCCCCCAGUGGAAUGAGAUUGUCAAAGAUGAGUUGGAGCUGCUGGUGCAAGAGAAAGGUAUCAACUCCUUCCAAGUGUACAUGGCUUACAAGGACGUGUACCAGAUGUCAGACUCUCAGCUGUAUGAGGCAUUCUCCUUCUUAAAGCAGCUGGGUGCUGUGGUGUUAGUUCAUGCUGAAAAUGGAGACCUGAUUGCUCAGGAACAGAGAAAAAUCCUCGGAAUGGGAAUCACCGGACCUGAAGGCCAUCCUCUGAGUCGUCCUGAAGAGCUGGAGGCUGAGGCAGUUUUCCGUGCGAUCACGCUUGGCAACCGUGUAAACUGUCCUGUGUACAUCACCAAGGUGAUGAGCAAGAGUGCCGCCGACACUAUCGCCCACGCCCGAAGGAAAGGUUCUGUAGUGUUUGGGGAGCCAAUUACAGCUAGCCUGGUCACUGACGGCUCUCACUAUUGGAGCAGGAACUGGGCCAAAGCAGCUGCUUAUGUGACCUCUCCACCUUUGAGUCCUGACCCCACAACCCCAGACCACCUCAACACACUGCUGGCUUGUGGGGACCUCCAGGUAGUGGGCAGCGCUCACUGCGCUUACAGCACUUCCCAGAAAGCAAUCGGUAAAGAUGACUUCACCCUGAUCCCAGAAGGAACCAACGGAGUGGAGGAGAGAAUGGGUUUCGUCUGGGACAAGGCCGUGGCCAUGGGCAAAAUGGACGAAAACCAGUUUGUGGCAGUCACAUCUACCACUGCUGCUAAAAUCUUCAACUUGUACCCACGCAAAGGCCGGAUAGCGGUGGGCUCAGAUGCUGACAUUGUCAUCUGGGACCCCAGCAGCGUCAAAACCAUCACUGCCAAACUCCAGCAGUCGGCUUCAGAAUACAACAUCUUUGAGGGUCUGGAGUGCCGUGGAGGUCCAGCGCUGGUGUUGAGUCAAGGUCGGGUGGUUUAUGAGGAAGGCAAGCUGCAGGCCCAGCAGGGCACCGGCCGAUUUAUCCCCCGCAAGCACUUCCCAGACUACGCUUACCAGCGCGUUAAAUUCAGGAACCAGGUGAAGAAACAGCAGGGUGUUACUCGUGGGUUGUAUGAUGGCCCCGUGUAUGAUGUGGUUCCUACCCCCAAAUAUAUAACUCCUGCUCCGUCAGCCAGAACUUCACCCAUCUCUCACCAACCACCACCAAUACGCAAUCUUCACCAGUCCAACUUUAGCCUAUCAGGGUCACAGCUCGAUGAUAACAUCCCUCGUAGGUCUGGCCACCGAAUUGUAGCACCUCCCGGUGGUCGCUCCAACAUCACCAGCCUUGGUUGAACAACCUGACUGUGCACAGAGUGUUGUUGUUGUGGGGUUUCAUCUCCUGUGUGUGUGUUUAUGGCUACGAGUGUGACCACACUGGCAUUUAUCAAUAACUUUGUAAUUUUUUUUUUGCACAAUGGUGACACUCUUUUCAGACCAUUAUGAUUUUCAUCCAUUUGCCUUUAGUGCGUGGUCACAGAAAAGAAGCACAAUAAUACUUCCAAUAAAAGAAGAGUGUGGUUUACAAUGAACCAAGUCAUUUAAAACUCACAGGCUCAAGAUUGGGGCACACACACACAGACACACACACACACAGACACACACACACACACACACACACACACACACACACACACACACACACACACACACACACACACACACAUCUGGUAUCAGAUCCCAAAUGUGUACCCAGUGUUAUGUCAUAAUGUUGUUAUCUCCUUCCCAGUCAGCAUGACUUCCUCCUUAUUCUUCCUCACUUUCCACAAAUACUGUGUGGGUCAGCUCAGACAUGGUGCUCCUUUUCACCCUUCUGGUGCCCAGCUGAAGAAAUAACUGAUUUCUCCUGCAUCUGUUUUUCAACAUAUUGGCAAUAUUUGUUUCAAUGUAGCUCAAGUGCAUCAGUUAUACAUAUUGCAUGCACACGUCUUUAGAUGUUGCACUACUUGUGGCUUAUGCUUUGAAAACACAAUGACCUUCACUGUAGAUAGAGCAAGCUGGUACUAGGUUCACAUAUAGACACACAUACAUACAUUUUAAUAUUACUGUGAACUUAUAAGCACUAAAAUCAAUGCAACUUCCUCUCCACCAUCUAUAUGCAAAUGCGUCAAUACUCUCUUAUACAGUGUGAAAGUAGAUAAGCAGUUGAAACAAAUACAAUAACAACUGUGCACUGUAAAAUGAAUAUCUAGAUGGCUGUACCUACAUGUUAGAGUUUCACUGUAAAGACUUGUGUGUGAUAGUUUUCUGACAAUCAUUCAUGCCAGAUAUAGAUCUUUGUUGUAAUGAUAUGCUCAACUCACUGCUGUAAAAGGGCUUUAGCUACCACCCCCGCUUUUCAAAACUUCACUAAGAAUUUUUUAAGCUGUUUUUAAUUUAAUUGUAUUAAUCUGAACGUUUUCUUGGUAAAUUUUGGUGUUUAUAUGCCACUUUGUUUUGUUGCUGUUUUCUGGUGUCUCCAAUGGAACCACUAAUGAUCAAUAAAGACUUGGCUUUUGUCAAAAAUGAU